AUGGAUUUUCGGAUUCCACACUUCGUGUUGCACGAUUUCAGCGAUGGCGAGGAAUCAAAAGUGAUCCGUAUGAUUCUCACUUACGCUCGGAUACCGUACGAAUGCAGAGAUAUCAAUCGCGAUGAUUUCAUCCUAGAAGGUACUGCUCAUUCAUUUUUUAAUCCGGAACUCUUUUGUGUUUUGGCGUCACAGCGACUACGCUGGAACUAUCCCAUUCUUUCUCUUCCAAUGUUGGAGGUGAACGAGCGUAAACUCGGUAAUGUGCCAUCAAUUUGCCGGCAGUUGGGCUGGAGAUACGAGUUGAGUGGACAAAAGUACGGUGACGAUUCUGAGGUGGACAUGAUUGCCGAAAAGACGUACGAAGCGAGGAUUCGAAUCAAAAACUGGUUGGAUCAUCUCGAUCAUCGAGAAGACCACGAAUGUGAUAUGACGUGGUGUGACCUUCUUGUUGCCUGUCUGUUCAAUCCGAUCAUCUAUCAUUGUCCACGACUAUUCGAUCGCUACCCGAAUGUCUUUCUUCACAACAAACGUAUCGCCCAAAUGGACGAGUUCGCCGGUUUUCUCUACAACGUUCGAGAACGGCGAUAUUCCCAUUGA